CCUACUUCCUCUGCCCCCACUACUGCUCGUACAGCCACUUCCACCACCACUCCUACCACUGUUCCAACCGAUGCUCCUACCACUGCUCCUCCUGCUCCUGCUCCUGAUCCUGUGCUGGGUGACCUGAUAACACUAUCAACAUCCAAGGGAGAGAUCAAAAUAGUGGAAGAGAGUGCAGUGAAAUUCAAGGAUAUCGGAACCUUCUUACUGAGAGAUGAUACCGGGGCAAGAGUCAGUACCAUAGUAAAUACUGCACGUGGUGACCAAGUUGAAGCUGUUAUAAAGAUAUACGAAGAAUGGAUGCGAGAAGAUGAAGAUCACUCGUGGAAGAAACUGAUCAAGUGUUUCAGAGAUGUUCAACUGAACUCCCUUGCCAGAGACCUUGAGCCACACUUUGGACUUCCUUCACCUUCUGAGAGAGAUCCUCUCAAGACUGAAGAGCCACAGCACUUCGAAAGUGAUAUCAGCGACAUGCAACCUGACCAGCCAAUGAUUUUUUCUGUUCCAAUAAUAGACAUCAUUCUGAGAGUUGGAAGCAGCCUUGUCUGCAAGUGCCUUGGAGUACUGGUUGUGACAAUGUUGCUACUGCCCCUGUGCCUGGACCCACUUUCUCUUCCACCUUCACGGAAGAACUUCUCAAACAAAACUAAGAACCAACCGUGCACCAAACUACUCAAUAUAUAUGAUGAAAACAAUAUUAACGUUGUGGGAGUACCAAUCCUCUCAGAACAGUUAUUUCUUUACACUGGGAGGGAAAUGGAUUUCAUCUGGGAAGCAGCUGGCAUUAGCCUUCAUUUCCCUACUGUUCAUGAUAUGGAGAGUAUAAAGAUUUCAGUGGCAGUUGUGGCAAAGAUUGAUGAAGACAGCAUCUUACCACCGCGAUAUCGAUAUAUGCCUGCUGUCAGUGCAACAUACAAAAUCAAGGCAAGUGCUACCCUACCAGCUCCAGUCAGGAUAAAGAUAGAACACUGUGCCAUCUUGGAGAACGAAGAUGAACUAAUUUCAAUGGUCGCACAUAAAGGGCCUCCUCACUAUUUUCAACCGCUGCCUGCCAAUAAUUUUUCAUUGCAACCAUCGUAUGCUGAAAUGCAUGUGAAGAGUUUCAGCCUAUUCCGUUUCUUUUGGAAUUUACUUAGUUUUUUUCCAACGCGCCUUUCACUUCAAGUGUUUUACCAUAAGGACAGCACAGCAACAAUUGUGGUGACAAAAAAUCUCAAUGCCAUAAUUACAGCUGUCAGAGGGACAAUACCCUACAUUCAUGUUGAAGACUGGCCUAUGUCAUAUGAAACUAAACCUGAUGCAUUUGCCUUUUCUCUACCAGUGGAUUCAAAUGGUUGGCACAUAUCAUCAAACGUUGAACCGGCAGAAAUCAAAACUCUGGAUAUCGAUGCAUAUGAACCAGGAGAGAUUUGCCCAAAACUAAAAGUGACUAUUAAGUGGACAGGCAGUGGAGAUCCAAAAGAAGAGAUAAUCAAAGUACCAAUUCAUGGAGGUUCUAUUACAUCCUUUGCUCUACAGUGUAGUCACAAAAUCCGUGACCAGAGCCAAACACAGCAAGUUUCCUUGCGAGAUGAUGUGCCACAUAAUUCGCUAAACUGGACACUACAGUGCGAAGGACCACUGUUAAACCGGAUAAUUGCUAAACUGAAGGAUGUGGACUGGAAAAGUUUACAUAAUGAACUGAUACUACAUGAGGAAACGUCCAUCGGCUCUACCUGCCGGGAUGACCUUGAUCCAGUAAAAUGCAGAUUGGGACGAGUAGUGAAGAUAUUUAUCAACACUCAAAAGCCUGAGCCUUGUUUUGAAACAGUGGAUAAGAUUGCUUCUGCUCUUGAGAGGCUCGAUCCUCCUCAGAUCCGGGUAGCGAAUGAGCUAAGAGAAAUGUGCGCAUCUACAGGACACCUUCAACAUCCAGGGUUCUGCCCAAGAUUAUUUUAGUGGUGGCCAUUAUUGACUUUAGGAAAACAGUCCUACAAAUAAUGCGCGCGUAAAUGCGCAUGCGCGGAAUUAAUGCGUACGCGUGGUUUUGUUCGCGUUCGCGCGAGCCUUUUUGUUUGCAUGUUUAUACUUAGUGUAGGCGCGCAGACGAUGCCCAGAUUCGUUCUUCGUGUGUUAGAAAGCCAAGUAUCAUCUUAGAGCCGCAGGGAGGCCACGUUUCCAUUGCAGAUAUUGAUUCAUCGCUCUUAGAUGCGUACUAUACGGGCGGAAGGCACUGGCCCCGCCUUUUAUUUAGGAGUGGUCGGGAGACUCACCGCCG